AUGAGAAAGUGGGGUGGCACCGGCUGCAGUCGAGUUGGUCGCUUGAGCGGACAGGAGCCAUGCACUCCCUCGUUUCAUUAUUACACGUGCUCGUACUAUGCCAACUAUUAUUUCUGCCCUUGGUGUUGGGAACCACUUUUGGUUAUGAUGAGGAUGAUGGACCACACAAGUGGCCAAGAUUGUUUAAAGAGUGCGGUGGAAAAUACCAAUCGCCAAUUAACAUUGAGCACAAAAUGGUAAAGGUGAAAACAUUCCGUGCUCUACAAUUCCACGGUUUCGACCAGCUACCGUUGAACACUCAUAUUAAAAACAAUGGUCAUUCAGUUGAGGUGAGACUUGAUACCGACGAGCCAAUUCAAAUAAGCGGUGGUCCACUUCACAGGAAUAGUUACACCCUUGAGCAGAUGCAUUUUCACUGGGGGCGCAACGAUUCAGUCGGAAGUGAGAAUACUAUCAAUGGCCAUCCAUACCCAAUGGAAGUGCAUUUGGUUUUUUUCAAAACAAUAUAUGGCACAUUUGCAAAUGCUUUAAAAUCUGGAGAAGAUGCAUUAACAGUUUUAGCUCUGCUUGUUGAGAGGUCGGAAAAAAACAACAGAGCUUAUGCUGAAUUAUUCGACCAUGUGACAAAGGUGAAUGUACCAUCGCAGAAGAUGGAUCUUCCAUAUCCACUGCCUUUGUACUAUCUACUUCCAAAUAACACUGAAAAUUACUACACCUACCAUGGGUCGCUGACAACCCCGCCUUGUCUAGAAGUUGUCACUUGGAUUGAAUUUACGACACCGAUUCCUGUGUCCCAUCAACAAUUGGAGAUGAUUCGAAAGCUUUAUUCAGAUCAUGGCCCACUGGCGGAAAACUAUAGGCCUGUUCAAGAACUCCACGGACGCACAAUUUACUACAACGAAAGAAAUUCAAGUCCUCCAUUAUUAAACAUUUAUACAAACCUGGUUAUUUUUGUAAUUAAUUGCCUUCUAAUCCGUUAUAUAUGAUGGAACAUAAAAUGUAGUUUGAAGAUUCAAAGAUCUCAAAAUUGAAGAUAUUUGUUUUGUUUUUUUAUUAGAAAAUUUGAUAAGAACAGGUUUUUGUGGCCAAAAAAGUCCAUUUUGUUCUAACUUUACUAAUACAAUUGUGAUAACCUGUGAUAUGUGCUAAUAUGUAAAUUGUAUAUAUUAAAAAUAUUAAUUUCAAAAUAAAGUUUUUUUUAAUAAAU